AUGAUCAAAAUUUUGCUCGAGAACAACGAAAUUAUAACCUGCGUUGGGAACAGCCUCAACUGCUGCAACUUUGAAGUGUACAGUCUGUGUAAUUACUCCGUGUCGAUUCUGCUGCCGUACAAUAACUCCUGUAAGGAUUGCCAAGGGAAGAGGGAGAGGAACACUCCAUUUGAUGAGCUGUCCACAAAGGAGAACCCCAUCAUCUCGUAUGCCUCCUUCGUGAAUACGUUGCCUUGUAAUUUGAUCAUUGAAAAGAGUCGACUGGACCUGUCAGAAAACAUAAUGGAGGUGGUUUACAAACUAUUGAAGAGUUCAAGGAUCCACAAGAAAAACGUGUCGCUGACGAUUUUUUUUUUUUACUUCUACUACUCCCAAUUGUCCUUCAUGUUGUUCAUCGUUUCGGUGUUCUUUUUGCCCCCGCUCAUCUCGGUCAUGGACUACCUGCUGUUCAUCCUGCUCAUAAUACCCCUCCUGUCAAUCGCCCUCCUUGGCAACGAUAACAACAGCACCAUAAUGAACGAGAUCCCAGAUAAAGUCAUCACCCGGGAGUUCCUGCUGAAGAAGCUGCUCUUCUUUCUUAUCAGGUGGAUCCCCUACAUGCUCUUCUGCGUCACGUUGUCCAUUUACUAUGUACAACUCAUUAACAACAAAUUUGCAGGCAAUUACAUUUUGCAGUCUGCCCACAGUGGAGAUAUUUUGAAUUCAUUGAAGAAAAAUUUCAUGGCGGACGUGACACACCACUGCACGCAGAGUGGGCACCUAAGCUCCCUUUACAAAUGCCAGCUGCUCCUUUAUUCCUUUUCUGAGAAGGAAUCUAUGGGUCUGCGGCGGAACAUGGCAGGCGUGGUGAUCAAGCAGAUGCAGAUAUAUUUUUUUUUCGUUUUCUCCCUCUUGUUCUUUGUUUCUUCGCUGUCGCACAGUGACAGGUUCGAACCCCUGUACAAGCUCAGCUGCAUCAAUAACUCAAAAACGUAUUUCUCGUGCCUGUUCAUGUUCCUCUUUUUGAGCCUCCUCUACGUGGCUUUCCGAGUCUAUAUGCUUCCCCCCUACUACCUAAUUCAGUUUCCCGAUGCGACUCUGAGCAUACUUGUACUCAUCUUCAGCCUCAUCAUAUUAGUGAUAAACGAGACGUUGAAGCGAGUAGAGGCAAGGAUCAAAACGAACAGGCAAAAAUAUUUGAAGGUCCUGUUUGGAACUCGCCUGGGCAUGUGGAGCCCCAAGUGA